AUGAAGAUCAGCCUGGUUGUUCUCAACAGCCUUUUGGCUGGGGCUCUUGCAGCACCAACUGGCUCUCAAGUAAUCCAUGAGAAACGGGAUACCAACAGCCCUCGAUGGAUUAAGCGGGAGGCGGUCAACCCGAGCACCAAAGUCCCCGUCCGUAUUGCCUUGAAGCAGAUCAAUCUGGACAAGGGAAUGGAUUAUCUACUUGAUGUGUCGCAUCCAGAUUCCGCGAACUACGGCAAACACUACUCGAGUGACCAAGUAGUUGAGCUUUUUGCUCCUAGUGAAGACUCCAUCAGCGCUGUCAAGGCCUGGUUGGUCAAGUCUGGCGUCCCAGCCAGCUCAAUCACUUCCUCCAAGAGCAAAGGAUGGCUCGACUUUGUCACGACAUCUGGACAGCUUGAGUCGCUGCUUAAGACUUCCUACAGCACUUACGCUCACGUCGAGGCCAGAGAUGUUCAUAUUGGUACAGACGAGUAUACGCUACCAGAUGAAAUCUCUCAGCACAUUGAUUUCAUCACUCCUGGCGUAGUCUUCGCCCCCGUAAAGAGCUCCUCCAACGUGGAAAAGCGUGAAAGCAAAUCGAUUCGCCAGCCUUCCAGGAAACUGCCUGCUCACAUUGCUCAGCUUUUAGCCGCAAACCCUCUGGCUACAACCUCGUGUGGUACUGCAAUCACACCUCAAUGCAUCAAGUCGAUGUACAAUAUCACGGCUGGAACUUCAGCCAUCUCCUCCAACGCAUUGGGCAUCUUUGAAACCGAGGAUACAUAUGCCCAGGCAGACCUUACCUCUUUCUGGAAAGCUUUUGCUACCAACAUUCCUUCCAAUACCGGACCAAAGGUUGACGGAAUCGAUGGUGCAACUGCUCCCACGAGUGUCGGUAACGCCGGUGGAGAGUCUGACUUGGAUUUUGAGAUUGCCAUUCCAAUCAUAUAUCCCCAGACCACAGUUCUCUUUCAGGCUGCUGUGAAGAAUGAUGAUAUCUUCAACACGUUCCUCGACGCUAUUGACGGAAGUUACUGUACUUUCUCCGAUGACGGCGAGACUGGUGAUGAUCCUACCGUGGAUGGCACUACUCGCAACGAGCAGUGCGGAGCUUUCAAGCCCACAAAUGUCAUUUCCAUCUCUUACGGCACUGCAGAGGCUGAUUAUCCUACUUACUACCUCGAGCGCCAAUGUGAUGAGUUCAUGAAGCUCGGCCUUCAGGGCACAAGUGUUGUUCUUGCCAGUGGCGACGACGGCGUUGCGCGCCGAUCUGGUGCUUGUCUUGGAAGCAAACACAACAUUUUCACUCCUGGUGAGCCGGCUAGCUGCCCUUAUAUUACCUCUGUCGGUGCCACCACACUUCCAGCUGGAAAAAAUCCUGGUGAUCCAGAGACUGCCGUUACAUCGUUCUCCUCCGGUGGUGGCUUCAGCAACAUCUGGACAACUCCAAGCUACCAAGCUAGCACUGUAGCCUCAUACUUCGCCAGCCACAACCCUACUUAUGCUUCCUACAACACAUCAGGAGGCGUGAUCCCUACCACUGGAGGCAUCUACAACAAAGCCGGUCGUGGAUACCCCGAUGUCUCUGCCGUGGGUGACAACGGCGUGGUUGUCAACGAGGGCGAACAAGUGCUUGAAGGCGGUACCUCAAUGUCCGCUCCUCUGUUUGCUGCCAUUUUGACUCGCAUCAACGAAGAGCGUAUCAAUGCCGGCAAGAGCCCCGUCGGUUUCGUAAAUCCUGCUCUCUACAGCAAUCCAUCCAUGUUUACCGACAUCACAGUUGGCAACCAAGCCAAGGGUGGACCAAACGGCGAUGGUGCUGCCAGUGCUUGUGGCAACACUGGAUUCUCCGCUGUUACUGGCUGGGAUCCUGUUACGGGUCUCGGAACACCAAUCUACCCUGAAAUGUUGACGUACUUCCUCAGCCUCUCGUAA